AUGCUCUCGAGUGCUCCGGGUGAAACCUUCGCUCCGCCGCCGGCGCCCUUUCCGUCAGACAGGCCUCCAGACACCGCUCCAGCGGAAGUGGCGUCUACGGGGGCAGAUAUGAUCGUCGAUCCAUCGCCGUCCUCCACGGUGGCGAAUCAGCUGGUUCUGAUUCAAGCUUCGGAUAAGGUCCAACAACCGUUCUCCUAUGCCAAGGCGGUCCUAGGCUUACAAAAUCUGCAAUCGAAUCCGCAGAGUGCAGCAACCUGGACCCCAGUAGGCGAGCACGACCUGAUUCGGGGGGAGAAGGACGGGGAACCAGCCCUGAGCAUCUCUCCGGAAUUCAAACACAAGAUCUGUGCCCCGUGGCAGCGAUCCCUGGUGGUACGAUUGCUCGGAAUCAAAAUCGGUUUUAUGACGCUCUGUUCUAGACUUCGCGGGCUGUGGAAACCGUCAGGAACGCUGGAGAUUCGGGACCUGGAUUAUGACUGCUUCUUGGUUAAGAUGGAUAACGAGCAAGACUACUUUCGAGCUCUGACAGAGGGACCAUGGAUGAUUUUUGAUCAUUACUUAUUGGUUCAACAGUGGUCACCCAACUUCAAGGUGUCGGAUCCGCUUCCCAAAACCAUGAUAGUCUGGGCCCAACUCCCAGCUCUUAAGAUUCACUUCUAUCACAGGGAAGUCCUGACGACUUUGGGAAAUCUUCUUGGCAGAGCCAUCAAACUGGACUAUCACACACUGAAUCAAGAACGGGCAAAAUUCGCUCGCAUCGCGGUAGAAGUGGACCUGUCUAAACCCCUCGUGCCCAGAAUUUGGUUAGAUGACGCUUGGCAGAGGGUGGAGUACGAGAACCUCCCUCAGGUUUGCUUUCACUGCGGGAAGAUUGGUCAUACAGCCGAGUCAUGCCCUCAUCUCCGAUCAGUGUCAGUGUCGGGGGCCAGGGCUACCGCUAACGGAACCAUGCCGGAAAGCACACCGAUACGGCCGCCGGAGGAAAACUCCGGUUUUGGCCCCUGGAUGUUGGUCAGUCGGAGAUCACGGCGUGGAUCACGGGACGGGCAGAAGAAAGGGAUCUCAGAGCCGGAAACGGCGCUCGAUACACAGGGAAAGUCGAAUAAAAAUGGAAAGGGGGGAGUGGUUAUCAGGGAAAGGGAAGAUUUGACGCCACAAAUGCCGAAACCCACUGGCAACUCUCCCCAACGGGAAAUUUCGAACGGAAAAAAGAACAACAAUGGAAAGAAAGGAAGUGAAGUUUCGAGAAAGGGGAAGGAAAAAUUGGCAGUGGAAACCUCGACAGUGAAAGGGGUGUUGGGCCCAGGGCCGGGCCGCCAGCGGGCCAGCUCAAGCGAAUUGAAAAUUAGGGAGGCUACUGAAAGGGUCUCAACCGUAGGGUCUCAUUCAGCCAUAAUGGUUCUGCUGGGCAAGAAACUUCGCCCUUUGCGAUACGGUCAACUACCGGCCCGAACGGCACCGUUUUACAAGUCGUGGAGCUUCAGCAGUCAAAGGAAUCAGUAG